UCGUUACUGUUGCAUAAGUUCAGAUGAAGGGACAGUUCGCAGGUGCGCGAGAAGAACUUGUGACUGUUUACGAUUAAGAGAUUUCUCAUCGCUGUACUCAUAGAAAACAUGACUACUAAAUUUUUAUAGCAUUGUACACAAAAAGAAACGAAAUAGGUAUUAUUUAACCGGUGAGAUGUUCAUCAUUCAAACCUAUGAGCUAUUUUAUCUCUCAACCAUCACUGAAGAUAGCAGAAACGAAUAUCACUAACAUUGCCUUAUUUUGAAAACUUCAAUGAAUUUAUUAAAUGAAAUUCAUCAAGGGAACUCUAAAAGUAAAUAACUAUUGAGACCACACGUUGAACAUUCCCCAUAUAUAUAUCCACCAGGCUGUUACCACAACCAUGUUCACACAUUAUUAACCUGAUAGUACAUACACAUACUUCCAUUUUCUACACAUCAUAUCUGCUAUGCAUGAAUCGAUAUCUCCAGAGAGAAAGGUGUACCCAGUGAACAGUUGACAGUCUGAACCAAGAUGAGCUGCAAAACAACUCGCCAUUUCACCUUUGAGGUGAGUUUAACAACUCAACCUGACGAACAUGUAUGCUUAACAGGAAGUAUUGAAGAACUAGGCAACUGGGAUCAUAACAAAGGCAUCAUUCUUCAUCCAAAGGCACCAUCACCAAACUAUGAGGGAUAUAAUGUUUGGAGUACUGAAUUAAUAAUAACUGGCAAAACAACCUUCAGUUAUUCCUACUACGUCUGUAACAUUGUCAGUUCCCCAUGUAACCAAAAUGUUGACAGCUUCAUUGUAAUGAGGUGGGAAGCGAACCUCACACAAAGAACAUGGCAUCAUUCAGAUGAUUCUUCCCAGCAUGUAAGAUUCUGUGACCAAUUUGGUAUCAUUGAUGGCACCAGCUGUUCCAAUAGUGGCUGGUUGACCGUUCAAACUGAUUUGAAAUUAACUAUUUUGCCACAAUCCAUCCAGCUGCACCAAAAUGACUUGAAGCUAACUUCGGUUAAAUGUGUUCCUCUUGAAAUGUCUCAACCAGAAGAUUCAACUCUCCCACAAACAAAUCUCUUAUGGUCAAAAGAUGCUUGCUAUGUUCUUACUGAAGAAAAUUAUCAGUCAACCAAACAGAGUAAUUUUGGCUGUGUCUACGAACCAGAUUCUGUUUUGACCUUCAAGAGCCAAGUUUUAGACUCUUCAAAGAUUGGCUUCCGUUUGGACUUCUAUGGGUGUCAUACAUCUGUAGAAAAUAAUCCAUUAACAAAUGGACCUACCCAUAUUGGGUAUAGCUAUAUCCUUCCAUCAAUUCUGAAGGAUUCUUUGGGUACAGCAACGACUUAUAUUUCAACACUUGAUCAAAAAAUUGCUGGAGAAAUAAAAGUGAAAUAUUGCAUUACAAAACCUCUUCAAGGACACCACUGUUCUCUUGAUUUCUCUUAUCAAAAACAAUUGCAGCAUCAGAAAGAUCCGUUACAUAUUGGUCAUCGAGGAAUGGGUUCUUCUUUUACACUUCCAAAUCCUGUGAUGGAGAACACCAUAGCUUCAUUUUGUGCUGCUGGUCACUAUGGUGCUGAUUUUGUUGAAAUGGAUGUACACCUAACAAAAGAUCAUGUACCUGUGAUUUACCAUGACUUUUAUAUUGAUAUUGCUAUGGAACAGAAAGAGCCAAUGACUUUGUUUGACAACCAUACAAAGAUGUUAAUCAAAAAUCUUACAUUAAAGCAAUUACAGUCGUUAAAGCUGUUCUACCGUUUGAAAGAACCUGAUUAUUGGAUGCCAAUUACCGAAACAGAUGGUAACCCUGACCAACCAUUUCCUACCCUUGAGAAAUGUCUUGAAGAAGUUCCUGAAGAAAUUGGAUUCAAUGUAGAAAUUAAAUACCCUUUAGAAUGUAUUGAUGGCACAAUGGAAAGCGAGGACAUCUUUGAUGCCAACUUUUUUCUGGAUAUUAUAUUGGCUAAAAUAUUUAAGCAUUCAGGAAAGCGAAAAAUUAUUUUCUCAACAUUUGAACCAGAUUUAUGUUGUAUGUUACAUUUAAAACAGAACAAGUAUCCUGUUCUGUUUUUGACACAGGGAAUAAAUAGUCAUUGGAUGUCCUACAAGGAUGCCCGUUGCCAUACAACAAGCACUGCUAUUAGCUUUGCGAAGGCUGAAUCUCUUCCUGGUAUUUGUGCUCAUGCAGAAGAGUUACUGAAAGAUACAGAACUUAUGGAGAUGUGUGCCCGAGAAAAUUUGUCACUUAUUGCUUGGGGAACUGAUAUUGAAAACUGCGAUAACAUGAAGGUUUUAACAGAUUAUCCACUUACAGGAUUAAUAUAUAAUCGAAUGGAUGUAUAUGGACCUGCAAGUGUUUUAAAGAUAGUCUGAGAAUUUGAUGGGAUGGA